UUGAUCACGCCACUCCCUCAGUCUGUGACGCAGUUCACUGAUGGCUGGCUAUUCAGUAGGAUGCCAUCAUAGAGCUGAAUAAUUAUACAGCUCUAUGGAUGCCAUCGAUCUUGACCGGACCAAGUAUGAAUACAUUCGUACUUUCCAGAGGAAUAUUUACCUGUUCCCUAACGAAGGCAAGGUUUCCUCACCUUGUUUUCAUAUAAACGGGGCGGGCGAUUUGCUGGUACACUCAAAUAUAGCUGGUGUUUUCAACAUCGUCUUUCUCGUCUUUCUGGACUACGAAAUAACUCAGUAUGGAUGGACAAUCACAGGCUGCUGUCAGGGAGGAGGACACUCAGGAUGAAGCCGGUCCUAGCAGGCCAAAAAGAGCAAAACCAAUCCAUCAAGAAUCUGGAGAUCCAUGUUUAGAUGACAAAACUCUGUCCAAGGUCGCUACGAUGCUUGCUGGUAAAUGGGUAACACUAGCAGUUGAGGAGCUGGGCUUCACCAUGCCACAGGUUGAGACUAUCGAGAAAAAUCAUGAAAAAGAUCUCAAAAGGCAAGGUCUGGAAAUGCUUGUAACAUGGAAACAGCGCCAGUCCACCAGUGUUGAACAGCAGAAGACCACGCUGUGCACAGCAUUGAAGAAGAUCGGAAGAGCAGAUAUUGCAGAAUUUCUUCGUCGCGGUAUGUCACAUGCCCAGGAGACCGCUAAAUCAGGUCCUGAUCAUCUAAAGAUUUGCCAGCAGCUGCUUUUCAGUUUCUACGAAGCCCAUGCAAGUAAAAUCCCAGAGCUCGUGUCUUCUUCCGUGUUACCGGCGUUGGGUGUUGAUGAGUUCUAUAUUCAUUUAAAUCUCCUUCAGAGUGGUCAGCAAACAACACGUGAAGACGUGAAAAUGUAUGGGAAAACUAAGAUUUUGAAUAGACCAAAAACAGAGCAACUGGACACAUGGGAGGAUAUGUAUGAUGAAAAGAAGGUAGGGGAGAAAAUGGUUCUUCUUUCAGGUGGGGCUGGAUUCGGCAAAUCGACUCUGUGUGUGACGAUAGCGAAUACUUGGAAGAAACGUAAAGAGUCAAAAGUUGCCAAAUUACGUAAAGGGUCAAAAGUCGCCAAAUUACGUAAAGUGUCAAAAGUUGCCAAAUUACGUAAAGGGUCAAACGUUGCCAAAUUCGAGCUCCUGUUCUUGUUGAAGUUGAGUCAAUUCAAGACAAGUUGUGUCAUAGAUGAAAUUUUUGAUCAGUUGUUGCAGCGCACUGACAAACUGACCAAGUCAGAUGUGAAAAAGGUUAUCAGUGACAACGAAGAUAAGGUCGCAUUCUUGAUGGAUGGGUUGGAUGAAAUACCGAGCCACAUUUUACAAUCUACCGAGGGUGUAUAUACAAUCAAUGAUUUGUUGACAAACAAGGUAUUGCUCAAAAGCUGUGUGUUGGUGACAACACGGCCAGACAUGGUCGACGAUGUCAUUCAGGGCUUCGAGGCUAUGCUAGGGUUGAAACGAAGGGCUUUACAGUCGAUAACAGAGAUAGGUUUAUCAAAGCACACUUUCCAGACAAUAUCGCAUCCGGAGAAGACUUAA